AUGAAAGCAGUUCCUCUUAUCAAGAAGGUGAUUGCGGAGUUUCUUGGCACAUUCAUAUUAAACAUCACCGUGCUUUCCACCAUAAUCAUGAAUGAGCAGCAUGACGGAGUUGAGAGCCUACUUGGCAUUGCAACAUCUGCCGGUUUAGCUGUCACGAUUCUCGUGCUGUCCCUCAUCCACAUAUCUGGCUGCCAUCUGAAACCGGCAGUCAGCAUCGCCAUGUCUGCUUUUGGCCACCUCCCACUUGCUCACCUUCUUCCUUACAUGACUGCACAAAUUCUUGGCUCCAUCACCGCUUCCUUCACUGUCAAGGGGAUCUACCAUCCGGUGAACCCUGGGAUCGCCACCGUGCCCAAGUUUGGGACUGUCGAAGCGUUCUUUUUUUACUUUAUCAUGAUAUUUGUACUUUUGUUGCUCAUCACCGCACUUGCAACUGAUCCCCAUCAGGUGAAAGAGUUGAUAGCAGUGGCAGUUGGGGCAGAAGUAAUGAUGAACGCUCUUGUCGCAGGCAUGCCAUCAACAGGAGCAUCGAUGAUGAAUCCUGCACGCAGCAUUGGUCCAGCAAUAACCACUGGGAGAUACACUCAGAUUUGGAUGUAUAUGGUGGCAACCCCUCUGGGUGCUAUAGCUGGAACUGGGGCUUGUGUUGCAAUUAAGCUCUACUUCCUCCGGCAAAUCCACUACAAGAUGAACCUCCUCCUCAAGAACAUAAUUGACAAUGACAAUUGCGAGCUCUGCAGCUCCAGCGCUGAGUCACCCGACCACAUGGCCAUGCACUGCCCCUUCGCCGCCCCAUUCUGGGGGCACCUCGGCGUCAGCAUCCCGUCCUAG